AUGCAGCCGUUGAGAUUACUCAGAGAUUUGAUUGCCAAACGAUAUGAUCAGCCACUUCCUUCGACGAGGGUUUUUCAGAAGAAUUUUUUAAUUUUUAGAGAGAAUGGUUGUUUUCCAAUGGUUUAAUGGUCAUUAUAGAACGGUUCAAGUAGAUUUUUUUCGAGAAAAAUUGGUGGUUUUUUUCUGAAUAAACGAAGCUUUUUUUAGUGUAAUAUUGAAGAACGAAUAGUUUUUGCAUUUUAAAAAAAAAUUAUUGGAGCUUCCAACAGUUCAUUUAAAGAUUAUUAAGUUAAUUAAUAAGCGCGGGAAUUUUGAAAUCUUGUAUAGUUUUGAAUUGUGAAAAUAAUUUUUUUAUUAUUUUUUCCCAAAAAAGAAACUUCAAAAAUUGAGCUCGUUGCGCAGUCUUCUUUAGUAUUAAAAAAAUGGCCGACACAAACUUUUUAAAAUUUUUUUUCAAUGACAUAGAAAAGUCGAGAAGAAUAUUUAAAGUUCGGUUUUUAAAAACUCUUUAACUUUUUAGAAAACUGUAUAGCUGAUUCACUGCUGGCUUGAGCCAUCGAAAAAAGGGUCCUGACACGAUAAGAAAAGAGAUAGUGUUUGGUUGGUGGAGAGCGCAGACAGGCCACGCCCCUGAGCUUCCCAAGUUAACCGUGGAUCGGUUAUAGCUAUCUGAAAAAUAAAUUUUUUUUUGCUUGUAACUUUUUGAAUUUUAAGUUUUCCCACGCUUCUUCGCCCCAACAGUCUACCGUCCAUUUGCAUCAUUUUUUUCACCUUUUCCUUCCCUUUUUUCGAUUUCCUCAUUUUCAUCAGUUUUUUUUUUUCAUUUGUUCAAAUGUUAAUUUAAGAAAAUGCCAACCACAAACCGAAGGAUUUCCCUGGGAUCACCAAAAGAUCUUCGCGAAGUCAAAUUUUUCGACGAAGAACCCGUCCCAGAUGUCCCGCCGAAGGGCGCUCGUGUCAAGGUGCUUCUAAAUGGGAAAAAUUCUCAUUUUAACGUUGAAAUUCUUCAAAUGUGAACUAUAUGCUAUCUAAACUUAUUACAUGAAAAAAACUGUGAAUUUAUUGUUUUUUUUUAAUUUGCAAUGAUAAGUUAUGUGUUAUUACGCGUCUUGCCCCUUUUUUCUCCAAAAAAAAAUCUUCACUUUACGAAUUUUGACCAAGCUUCGCUUCGAGACCUUUUUUUCAGCCAUCCUUGUGGUUUUUUAGAAUAAAACAAGGCAAAAAUGUUGCGUUUACGGUAGUUUUUUACUGUUUUGCUUUUAAAACGUGACCUUUUUGCGCGGAAUGCACUUGAAAAAGAUGCUCAGAAGGUUCUUUUAGAGGAAGAUUUUUUUAAAGGUCUCUAACUGCUUUAAAAAUCUUUAUUGGCUCUUUUUCAUAUAUUUUAAUAACAAUAUGCAGGAAAGAAACUAAAAAAAUCACAGGGGAAUCGAAAAAAGUUGCUCUGAGGCUAUGAAAAAGUGCUCAAAACAUUUUUUUCCAAUUUUUUUUAGGAGCUUUCAGCGGAACCUUUUUAGGUGCUUCUGAUGGUCCUUAAGGGAAAUUUUUGUACCUUUUUUCAAGGAUCAGUGCGACUUCAGAGUGGCCCCUAUAGGGGCAAGGGUCCUUAAAAGAUCCCCUCUAGGAACUACUUUACGGACCCCUAUAGGGUCCACUAAAUCUUGUAAGAGGGGUCCCUAUAGGGGUCAUGCUAAUCGAUAAUUUUUUAUGAACUCUAUGCGAAAAACUAAAAAGACCCUGAAACCCUGUAGGGACCACUUUUUCGAACGAUUUACAUAUUUCUUGUUGUAAUUUCCCACAGGAAGCCACUCUGCAUUAGAAAUUAUCAUGAAAAAAUGCCCGUUGAUUUUAUUUUCCCUUGAAGGGACCGUUUUUCGCCCUGAACCCUAUAGGGAACACUCAGAAGCGCUUUCUUCAAAGUUUCAUACAUUUAUGCAACAAUUUUGAAGGUCUGUUACGCGGGCGUGUGCCUGACGGACCGCGAAGUGGCCAACACGAAACAGGCCCGAAUCACUAAUGGAAUCAAAGACACCAGCCUUUUCCCUGGUCCCUUUUCCCUCCUAUCGAUUCAUUUUAAAAGGAUUUCUUUCAGGAUAUGAAGUGUCCGGCAUUGUCGAAUGCUUCGGCGACGACGCCCAGCCCGGAGAUUACGAUUUGAAGAUUGGAGACAAGGUAUUUUUUUUUUGAAGCGAAGUAUCGAUUUUUCAACGUGAAUUUUGAGAAAAAAUGGCACUUUUUGCUCUUUUUUUGUCUUCCUUUUUAUAGAAUAUUCAGCGUCAGAUUGUUAUUAUUUUUCUCCCAAGCUACAGAACCCUUUUUUGCGAUACGCGCGACCUGUUUCUGUGCAUGCGCCUUUAAUUUAGCGGUUAUAUUAAAGGCGCAAGUAAAAAAAAAAAACAGGCCGUGUGCCUUGGAACGGAUGUUAUAAGCCUAUUAUGAGCCUGAUCCUUAAGAUUUUCCAUUCGAGUCGCGCGGCCUUUUUCCACGCAUGCGCCUUUAAUUCCACCUUGAAAUUCCGGUUAUAUUAAAGGCGCAUGCAUAGAGACAGCCCGCGCGACUUAAAACCAAUUUUUCAGCCCUUGAUUGUUACGAAUUCCCAUCUACAGAAAGCUUCCGAAAAAUUUCGCGCGAGCUUUUUUCUAUGCAUGCGCCUUUAAUUAGCCAGUGGUUUUUUACCAUUGAAAGGACGAGAAAACGAAGUUUUUAUAGCCCAUUCCGCGUCAGAUUGUCACGUUUUUUUCCCUCUGAGCUACAUAACCUUUUCCUUUGAUGUGCGCGACUUGUUUCUGUGCAUGCGCCUUCAAUUGAACAUGAAAAUUUCCGUUAUAUUAAAGGCGCAUGCAAUGAGACAGGCUGCGUGUAACGAAAAAAGGGUCAGAUUUUGAAUUUCAAGUCGCUCAAGCUCCGCCCCUAGCGGCGUGAUAAACCAAUCAGAGAGCUAGCCAUCCACAGAGCUUUUUUGAAUGACGUCGAUGUAUCGCUGAUUCACGGCUAGCUUGGAACGUUAAGGGGGCGUGUCCUGUCUGCGCCCUCCACGAGCUAGGCGCCGUCUCGUGCAUUAUCGUGUCAAGACCAUUUUUUUUGAUGGCUCAAGCCACCCGUGAAUCAGCUAUACAUGAAAUUCAAAACCUGAACAGAAUAAAGCUCGGAAGAGGACAAACUGCAGAGGAAUAGAGACUAGUUUACUGUUUCAAUAAUUUUUCGAUUAAUAUUCUUGAACUGAACGGUUUCAGGUCAUCGUAUGGCCAACGGACGAGAUGUGCAGCCACGGCUACGCGGACUACGUCGCCGUGCCGACGUUGCACUUCCUGGUUAAGAUUCCGGAUUCCCUGUCGAUGCACGUCGCCUCGAUCCUUCCCGCUGGCGCCACUUGGGCUCUCAGCGCCGUUCUUCAGGUUCGAGGGGCAUGGCUCAAAUUGAUGUUAAAACAGAAAUUUUUACGUGAAAUGUCCAUUUCGCAACUUUCAAUCAAAAUUAAGCUUUGUGAAUUAUUUUCUGUGAAGCCGGGGCUGAAAACAAUUGGCCAAAACUUGAAAAUUUUCCGGAUUUUCAGUACAAAUCCACUAUAUUGAGAAGGCCGGAAAAAUUCAGAAAAAUCGGAAUUUUCCAUUAAAUCAAUGUCCGUAGUUUGAACGAUUCGGUAACUGCAUACCACCAAAAUUAGUCGUGAAAUGUCCAUUUCGCAACUUUGAUUCGAUUUACAAGAAUCGAAAAUGAGCUUUGUAAAUCAUUUUCUUUGAAGCGAGGGCUGAAAAAACUAGGCCAGAAUUCGAUAAUUUCCCGUGUUUAUCAGUGCAAAUUCACUAUAUUAAAAAGGCUGAAGAAAUUCAGAAAAAUUGGAUUUUUUUGAUUGAAUCAAAGUCCGUAGUUUAAACUAUUCAGUAACUUCAUAUCACUGGAAUUAGUCGUGAAAUGUCAAUUUUGAGGCAUUAUUUUUGGAUCGAAAUACCUAAAUUUGCAUUAAAAAAAUCAGAUUUUCUCAAGGGUUUUUGUGAAAGGCCCUGCUGUGAUGAAAAAUAAAUCAAUAAAGUGUCGAAAUCAGGAUUUUACUGUCAUUUUUCCGAUGAAAAUUCCGAAUUUGCAAAAUUUUACUAGAAAAAUUAUAGAUUUUGUUCAAAAUGAAGCUGUUAAAUACCGAAUUUUCCUUCAAGAAUCAACUUCCUAGGACUUGCUCCAAUUUAGGAAAUACUGUAUGAUUUUCCAGGCGAGACCCAUCGUCGAGGCUUUCUCGCAGUCCAAAGGCUUCUGCAACAUUUUGAUCGUCGGCGCCGGCGGCCUCGGAUUGUGGCUUCUGAAGCUCGCCAAGCACUUCUUGGCAAUCAAUAAUGAUCGGUGCGGUUUAUAGAACAACAGAAGAAGGAAUAAAUUCCAUGAAAAUAAAAUCAACGGGCAUUUUUUCAUGAGAAGUGGCUUCCUGUGGGAAAUUUUAACAAGAAUAAUGAAAAUCUUUCGAAAAAGUGGUCCCUAUAGGGGUUUAUUGUCUGACUCCUUGGCCCCUAAAGCUCAAGUGGUCCCCAUAGGGGUCUUUCAAUUUCAUUCAAAAAUGCUAGCCCUCCAAGAGCCCCCUUGCCUUGCCCCUAUCUCUAAAGGGGACCCUUUAAGAGCCCCUUUACCGUGCCCCUAUCUCUAAAGGGAACCCUCCAAGAGCCCCCUUACCUUGCCCCUAUAGGAACCACUCCGAAGUUCCUAAGUUCUUUCUCAUAAUUUGUGUGACUGUCCUGGUGUUUAACCCAAGACCUUUGAAUAUUUUCAAAGGAAUAUGAUUUUCAGAAAGAUCCGCCUGAUGGUGGCCGACGCCAAGGAAGAACGUCUCUGCCUUGCCGAAAGGAACGGAGCCGAUUUCGUCGUCCAUUGGGACGAUUCUGGUUUCCGCAUGGAAACGAGCUGAUUAUUGAAAUUUGAUUUUUCAAGAAUUCGAGGAGUACCUGAUCAUGCGAACGAAAGACGUCGCCAGAACCGGAGUCAACGUCGUUUUCGACUUCGUGACGUCACCAAGGACCGUCACUCGCUCCUUGAAAUGCCUCGCUGAAGUGAUUAUUUUAGGGAUUUUUAUGGAAAAGUUGCUUUUUAUGGGAUUAUUGUGGGUAGAAUAUAUGUUCUAUAAGAUUUUUAUGUAGUAGAUAACUUUUUUUUCAACUCGGGCAAAGUCGGUAUAGUGGAUAUUGGCCGCUGAAAAGGAGAGGCUCAAAAAAGGCAGCAAAAAGGUAGAAAAAAGGUAGAAAAAAGGUAGAAAAAAGGUAGUAAAAAGGCUGCAAAGAGGUAGCGAAAAGGUAACAAAAAGGUAGCAAAAGGACAUCAAAAGGACAUCAAAAAGGCAUCAAAAAGGUAACAGAAAGGCCGCUAAAAGGUAGCAAAAAGGUAGCAAAAAUGCUUACAAGGGCCGUAAAAAGGCAGCAGAAAGGCCGCAAAAUGGUAGCAAAAAGGCAUCAAAAAGAGUCCCAUUAUCGAGCCUUCCAUUUUUUCUGGGAUCAAAAAAUGGUGAAACAAGGGAGAGGCAGCAAAAAUGGUGCAUAACAGUCGAAAAAAUGGCGCAAAAAGGCACCAAAAAAAGAACAUUUUCUCGACCAUUUUCCACCCUUUCUGACUCCUUUUUAUUGUACAUUAUGCGGCGUUCAAAGUGAUGAGCUAGAAAGCAUCUCUGGCCCUCCUUAAUCUCCAUUAUCUCUCUCUCUCUUUCCCUGACGAUUAUUUUUGUUUUGCUUAAAGCACUUUGAACGCGAUUUGCUACAGAAUGAUCCAAUUUUUCCUGAUUUGAAGCUUUUUUUUUUCUUGAUUCCGAUGAACUCAACAUGAUAGGUUGACAUUAAGAAAAUCAUGAGCUGAAGGAUUUUGAGCCAAAAAAAAGAGAAAAUCAAAUUUUUUUAGGUUUUUUUUAAGCCGUUAAUUGAUAUGAUUAUAAUAAUAUUUUUCACAGUCAGAAUGAAAAAAAAGUUGAUGGGAUAUAGAUUUUUGUGAAAUUUUGAAUAUUUAUUUGUCCAGGGAGGCGUCCUGUUCGUUGGUGGACUGUCCGGUCUCGAUGUUCAGCUACCGAUCAAGCAGGUCGCCAAGAACCGUCUGGCGAUCAUGGGCGUUACUCGGUUGGUCCUAGGAUCCUAUCAGGAAAAUAUUCUGGAAUUUAGAAAAAGUUUUUUUGCAUUUGAAAGCUCAGAAAAAACUUGAUUUUUCUUGUUUUUUGAGGAAUCCUGUUGAUUGAAUUGGGAUGUGAAAUUUAUUUUCGAGAUUCCCAAAUUUGAAAAAUUUUUAUUGACGUGGUAGUUUUUGGGGCCUUUUCUGACGAAUUUUUUAAAAUUUUCAGAAAUUUUGAGUAAUUUUCUGUGGAAAUGUCCCUGUUUGCUUCGAAAUUUUAUUAUUCUGAUAAUUUUUCGAAGUUUUGAUCGGUUUUUUGUUGCAGCGGAAGUAUUGAACAACUGAAAAACUUGGUUCAUUUGAUCGCCGGCGGCCAAAUUGACGCCCCGGACUACCGAGUUUAUCCCGUUGAUCAGGCGUCGAGUGUGAGUUUUUCGAUCAAUAUUUGUUAGAAGGAGUUUUAGAGUGGUCCCUAUAGGGGUCAGGGGGGAAACAACCCCUAUAGGGUCAAAAAAGCUGUCCCUAUAGGGGUCAAAUCAAGGUGGCCCUAUAGGGGUUCAGGGUUUGGCCCCUCAGCCCCUAAAGUGGUCCCUACAGGGGGUCGUACAGUUUUAUACAAAAAAGUUUUUUCCUUAUUUUUUUGCCUGGAGCUGAUAGAAGUUAUCACUUUUGCAAGAUUUAGUGGUCCCUAGAGGUGACCCCAAGGGCUCCAAGGUUGCCCCUAUAGUGACCACUCUGGGGUUCCUAAGUUAUUUAUUUGUUGGUUACUAUAAAGUUUCAAUUUUUUGAAGCUUUUGACAUACAAUUUUAGAAUUUUUCAAAAAUUUAGAAUGAUGAGCUUACUUUUAAUGGACAAAUUGAACAUAAAUUAAUCAGAUUUUGACAUUUUUUAAAGUUUUCCUUUUGAAAAUUCCAUUUUUCAGUUCGUAAUCUAGUGAAGAAAUAGUUUAUAAUCGAAAAAUCGAUGAGAAAUAUGACUUUUUGUAUUUUUUACAUUCAAUUUUGAUACUUAGGGUUUUCUAAAAAUUCAAAUUCUAGGCUAUUUAAAGGCGCAGAAGUCUUGCGUGACUUAAAAAAACGGUUUUCGUCUUGAGACCUUUCAUUAAUUCUCAUUUUCUCUUGAUUCUAAGUUUUAUCAUAUUUUUAAAGGUCCUGAAGCAACUAUCGAUGUCGGAAGUGGAAGGCCGGGCGAUCCUGGAAGUCUGUAACCCUGCGGAUGCCCUCGAUAAGCCCGUCGUCGGCGCUAUCGACAUCCCGCCGAAAAAUGGCUCCGAAUAA